AAAGAUCACAUGCAGGGAACUCGUUGAAGGCAGCGUCUGGAUUUGAGUUGUGCUUCUGUAUGAUUAUCAAGUUUUCCAUCCCUGCAUCAUGUGAAUGCAAAUUGCUUCUGUAUGUAAGUUCUGCGUAUUCUUCACGAAGUUUGCAUGAAAUUUGUGGACAAUCUUCACGUCUAGCGAGACGGGUUGUGUUUUGAAGCAUUGCAUGAGCUACUUCUUCGAUUUGUAGUUGGUUCAGAGCAUGGGCGCUCAUUACAGAAUUUGAUUCGUGGCUGUGUGGAGUAUUCUAGUUGCAGUUUGUCAGACAUUGAGCUGUUUUGGUCCUCGCUGUUUGAUGGGCACUGACGGAGGUCUUAAAGCUGGUCGCACGAGGAUAAUGCAAUUAGAGAGGCCUUCGUUGGAUCCGGUUCUUUCGAUCUUCCAUUCAUGGCGCCGGAGGAUUUCUUUGGUGAGAGAGGGCUUCCAGCUAGCGAGACGGCAUUCGAGCAAAGAUUGCAACUUUUGGUCGAGGUGACUCAUAUGAAUUGGACGAAUGCUAUAUUUUGGCAACAUUCGAGGAAUCCAAACGGAGAAAUGUAAGCUGUGAAAUUCUUCUCAGUGGACGUAAUUUUUAUGACGUAGUUAUGUGAUACUCAUCAUUGUCUGUUUCACUCGCUGAAGUUCUGGUCUAAGUUUACAUGUCGUGUACAAUCGUUGAAGUUUGAUCUCGAUCAUAGCCCCGCGCUGCAUUCACUGCUUGUUCUUGGUCUCUUUCUCGCUAUGUAUAUAUAGACACACUCUAUUGCGCAUCCAUAGCAAAUUCAAGAAGUGCUAGCAGGUACGUUAGUGGUACCUUCAAACACUUCUCUUCCACUUACACAGUUUUUUCCAUGUUGAAUCUCGUCUUUCCUGGAUUAGUAUCUGCACACGUUUGGCUCAUCCCCUGAAUUGCAGACAUCGGCAUCCAUCUUUCUUCAGGCUACAUUCAAGUAGGUUGCAGUCCCUACACGAAGCAAUCUUUGGUUAUUAACCUACAGGUACAACAACUUGAACCUUACCGUUUGGUCACACUUUUUAAUCUCAGUCCUAGCCCGGCCGCUUGACCAUGUACCUAAGCCAGAUCGUAACGUGAAGGUAGCUCGGAAGAUCAAUGUCUGAGAUACUUUCAUGAACUUGAUGAUCUCUGCAGGAACUGCAGAGAUCAUCAAGCCUAGGAACGCCAAGGAACUUAAGGAAAACUGCUAUGAGAAGUUUUGGGUUGUAUAUAUAUAUAUGCCUUGAACUUACGCAUUACAAAGAAAAACGAAAAUCGGUUAUUCUGGCGCUUCGAUUAUGCCGUACCUCUUAUUGCUGUCCACAUGCAUGGCUUCCGCUUGGUGCCAUGCCUGUGUUCCUUGUGUACCCUGCGUUACACUCCGGUGCAGGAUUGAAAUUCGCUGACCAGACAUCUGAAUCAGUUUCGUAUUUUUGAAUGCUGUGGUUAUUACAUUUUCGACAAAAAACAUAUUAUUUGUCUGAUGUAUCAAAAUCAUUCAAAUUCCUCAUGGCAAAAUCGAUAACCUUCUUACUGGACCCUUGACUGCAAAUCCACUUUCCCAAAGUGGAUUUUAAGUGCCACAAAAUUACCAAUGUUUAUCGGUAUUGACUGGAUAGAAAUCUCCAUGUGAAGUUUUCACGGCUCUCCUUCAUAUUAGAGAUUCCUCAAGGGGGCUGAAGAGAUUUUGGAGGUAGCGGGACCCCUUCCACGUCCUACCUUCAUGGUACCUGCUAAAUGAUUUCCAGUUCACAGUUAUUUUAUCCGAUAGUUCAUCUCUUCUCAACGAGUAAAGAUGAACUCGGUUGUAGCUUUUCUACUUGAUAUCAUCAGAGAGCCUUUUCCAGUGAAGGUUUACAUCGGGAAGGACAGGGAAGGAUGGUCAGGUUGCAAGAUCUACGAUCUUUUGGAGGAGGAAGCAAUUGCUCCCUGAAGAUCCAAUAGACAGAAAUUUCAAGUUAAGAGGUUGGGCAUUGCCUUGUAUAUGUAUCUAAUGCAGCUAAUGUAUCUCUCCAAAAUGAUGUUGUUAUGGAAUCCAUCUUUGCUCCUGUUAGAUGAUGAGUUUCAUCUUGUGUCGGAGCAUCAAGAAGAUCAGAUUGGAAGAAGUGGGAGGAGGCUAUACAUUAAAAUCUUUGCAGAAAAAUUGCACGUGGAAAUUUGUAGAUCUGCCACCAGGAGGAAAGACUAAUGGAUGCAGAUGGGUCUUCAAGGUGAAGAGAAGAGCCGUCGGUGAGAUCUUGAAGUACAAGUCAAGAUUAUUGUGAAGGGGUAUAGUCAACAACCUGAUUAUGAGUACCAUGAAACUCUUGCUCAAGUGACAAGGUAUGGUUAUUUUAAAAUGCUGUUACCUCUAGCAGCUUACAAUGACUGUGAGGUAGAGCAAUUGGAUGUGAAGACAGCCGUCUUGGAUGGAGAUAUGAAGGAAGAGAUCUACAUGGAUGAACCAGAUGGCAACUCCAACUCAAAUGGAAGAGUUUGCCUGCUCAAGAAAGCUCUGCAUGGGCUGAAGCAAGCACCUAGAAGUUAGUACCAGGAGCUUGAUGCAUAUUUGAGGAUGCAAGGCUUAAAAAGAGCACACUCAGACUUGAGUGACUACAGCAAGGAUGACGAAUUCUAUAUAGCAUUCUAUGUGGAUGAUUUGUUCUUGAUGGGGAAGGGAGAAAGAGCUGAGAAGAGUGUAAUCUCUUACCUUUGCUCCGUAUUCGAAGUGACAGUACUUGUUCCAGUGAAGUUUCUGUUAGGCGUCCACAUUGACAAAAAUCGGAAGGAAGGAUGGAAUUUGAUUGAGACAAAGCAAGUAUUAUUUUAAGGAGAUAUUAUAUAGAUACAGGAUGAAGGAUGCAAAACCUGUCUCUACUCCUUUGAAACAUGGCUGCAGGUUGAUGGAGAUGGAAAAAGGAGAUGGAUGAAACCAGCACGUAGAAGUUCUGUAGAGGAGAAAGAAUAGUUUGAAUAGUUUGAAAGGAUAGUUCGAAAUAUUUUGAACUUGUGUCAGGUUCAGACCUGAGACUGGAAAACCUGUGUAUAGUAUAAAUUCUGUGUAUAGUUUGAACUUUUAAUAAAUGAAGACAUGUGAGACAAUCACUGGCAUGGUGAUUGCCAGUG